AUGGGCCCCUGUACCGCCUCCUCAUGCUGCUGCCAGGUCCAGAGUGUGUCAUGGGCCCCCGUACCGACUCCUCAUGCUGCUGCCAGGCCCGUAAUCUGUCAUGGGCCCCUGUACCGCCUCCUCAUGCUGCUGCCAGGUCCAGAGUGUGUCAUGGGUCCCUGUACGGCCUCCCAUUGCUGCUGCCAGGCCCGUAAUCUGCCAUGGGCCCCCGUACCGACUCCUCAUGCUGCUGCCAGGCCCGUAAUCUGUCAUGGGCCCCUGUACCGCCUCCUCAUGCUGCUGCCAGGCCCGUAAUCUGCCAUGGGCCCCCGUACCGACUCCUCAUGCUGCUGCCAGGCCCGUAAUCUGUCAUGGGCCCCUGUACCGCCUCCUCAUGCUGCUGCCAGGUCCAGAGUGUGUCAUGGGUCCCUGUACGGCCUCCCAUUGCUGCUGUCUCCAUCGCCACACUCUGCCAUGUGCCACUUUCAGGUCUCCUUACACAGCUGGUGGGUUCCAUUUUUUCAUAGGGUGCUGUAUGGCCUCCCAUUGCUGCUGCCUCCACUGCCACACUGUGGCUUCACACUCUGGUUUUGGCCCCGUGACUGCCCAAAUGAGUGAAGUGUGCGGUGAUUCUAAGAUCGACGGCACUCAUCUGCAUGUCAUACUGACUGACAGUAUUAUUUCUCUUCCCCAGCAGACUCCAAGGGCAUUUAAAUUAAAGGUACAGUGUUCUGCACUAAUAUAA